UGUGACGACACAGUAAAAUUAAUCCAAUCGUAAAUGAUCUUACUAACCUCAUUCGAAUGCCUCCUCUAUAAAUAAACGGGGUCUUACGGUGGCUUAUAUUUUCCUCCCGCUUUACUGAACGUGUGGUAUUCAAGGUCACUAUGCCAGAACCCACCAAGUCCGCGCCGGCCCCGAAGAAGGGCUCCAAGAAGGCGGUGACCAAGGCGCAGAAGAAGGACGGCAAGAAGCGCAAGCGCAGCCGCAAGGAGAGCUACUCGGUGUACGUGUACAAGGUGCUGAAGCAGGUGCACCCCGACACGGGCAUCUCGUCCAAGGCCAUGGGCAUCAUGAACUCGUUCGUCAACGACAUCUUCGAGCGCAUCGCGGGCGAGGCGUCGCGCCUGGCGCAUUACAACAAGCGCUCGACCAUCACGUCCAGGGAGAUCCAGACGGCCGUGCGCCUGCUGCUGCCCGGGGAGCUGGCCAAGCACGCCGUGUCCGAGGGCACCAAGGCCGUCACCAAGUACACCAGCUCCAAGUAAACGUGCCAAGCUCCAAAUUCAUCGUGACAUUCAAGGACUUGGGUAAGAACGGUUUCCCCAGAGCACAAAGCAUGCUGUAAAAACUGUUUUGCUCAGAGCUUUUCUUUUCCUUUUCAGCAUAUAGAUAUGCAAUAAUGAAAACGAGCUUAAGACAACAUGAGUUUUCAUGGAAAUCUUACACAGGCUUUUCUGGCUUGCUAGCUUUGCAAUAAUGCCCAUUUCUGCUGGUGGGGGAGGUAGGGUGGGGAUCAGGGAGGAGGAGUCUGUGCUGUAUCCUAAAGGCGCAGACAGACAGGAAAGGGAACCUGUCCUGACUUGGAAGGGCUUUCAAAUCCUGUCAGCUACUAUAGCUUCUCUCCUACAAAGUCCUAUUGCAUUGCCGGUCUUCUUCCAGCAUCCUUAGCUGGGAAGACCCCAGGGUCACAAGAGAGAAGCCCACUACUCAAUCCCAUAAAGUGUCUGACUGGAGAGGCAAAAGUUACCCCAGGACUGAGGCCCCCUUUCCUCCCCUGGCCCCUUGCCCCGUGUCCCUGAGAGGCGAGGACUGAGAGGAGGUAGAAAGGGAAAGAAAGCCCUUCCCGGGAGGAUGUGGCUUCUGCUGCACAAGGUCAGAUGGCAUAAAGGGUUUCUGCUGCUGCUGGGAAUGGAUUAUUGUGGGGAAAAGAAAUCUGGGGGAAAAAGCUGGGGAGCUGGGAGGAACUGGCCAGGGGGUAAGCAGUCAACAGUUGAGAGUUCACCCAAGAAAACGGAUGAGAUUAUCUUUCCAGGUGUAGCUGACACACUCACCGGUUCCAUCCUCAGGGUAGAAGGAUGAACUAGAAAUGAGCACACGACCAGACAGCACAUGGGCACCCCCACACACCCACUCGCCCAGAAGAUGGCAACAGUGUGUGCUCACCCUCCGUGCUGAGCAAGGUAGAUUGUGCCACCCACAAUUCCGACCACCACUCACUUGCUUCUGGCACUGACAUCACAGGGAUUCGGAAUACCCAGGCUGAGGAUUAACUCUGAGAUCUCCCAAGCUGGCUUUGUACCCCUGAGCACCCGCUCAAGGCAAAUACAAAUCCUCUCUGAAGGAAUAAGCUUCAUUUUUGGUCUCAGCAAAUCCUCCACACAUAAGAUAGCAAAGAAAAUGAAAGAGCAGCUUCACAACCAAAAUCAACACAGGAUUCAACAAGACAAUGUAACCAACAAGAAGAGAAGCACACAGUGGAAACAAAAGGAGUAAAAAGAAAAUGAACAGAUACAAACUUCAAGUUGCUAACUUGAAUAUCUUUAAAAAGGAAAAGGAAAACACUAAGUGAAAUAUGCUGAGGGAUUAAGAAUACAAAGAAUUUUCCAAAAAGAGUCGAAAGAACCAAAUACGACUUCCAGAAAUGAAGGUGUGGAUAUACACGUUAAUUUACAUUAAUCAUAUGAAAAUUAAAAUUAAAGGCUUGCUAAAUGGACCAAAAAAAUCAAUAGGCUCCAGAUGAAGAAUUUUCAUGAAUUCUGUAAGCAGACCUUAUUUAUCCAAAAUGCAGGGAGAGAAAUGUAAAAGUGAGUUUAAGAGAUCUGGAAUUAGUAGUAAAAUUGUCUGCCAUGUAUCUAAUCAUGGCACCACAAGAACAACCAGAGAGAUUGAUGCUGGUGUGAGCUUCCAAUGAUCAUGGCUGAGAAUUUUUCAGAGUUAAUGGAUUACUCAUGUAACUCAAAAUCAAUAAAAUAGGGUAAAACUCAUACACCAAAACGGACGUCACUCUGUCACACUGUGAACCAAACCCCAUAAAUUCUCCCAACAAAUGUAAAGCUAGUUUUCUAAUCUGUUCUGCUAGAUGGCAAUAGACUGAAGCACUGUUAUAAAUUCCUGAGAGUGGGAGGAUAAUUGGCAAAUAGAUUAUUUACAUGCACUUGAUAUCUAUCUGAUUACCAAAUUUUGCAAAACCUAAUCAAUAUGUGAUGAUUUAAUGGACUGUUACAUAUAGUACUAUCAUUAGCAGACCAGAAACUUUGAUAUUUUUUCCAAUAACUAUUUCUGUAACUAUUUUUAUCAUGGUAUUGUGUUAGUUAAUGUCACACGCUAUAUGCCAUGUUAAGGCAUCACCGUCAUUUUCUUCCUUUUCACUAAAGUGGCUUUAGUAGUUCCUGACUUGUUAAAAACCUGUUUGCUUGCAUGCAUGGAUAUGUAUAUAAUCUGUGUGUGUUGGUUAGUUUCCUUCUAAAUAUAUUUUUAAAGGUUUA